CGGGCGCGGACGGUGUUCGGAGGCAGAGACGGCCCGGGCCCGAGGAUGGGUCCUGCUGCCCACGCGCAGAGGGCGCGGGUCGUCCGGGCCCGGACCCUAAUGAGCCGCGGUCCCCGCCCCAGCAGAUGGGAGCUGCUCUCCCGGGGCUCAUCUCGUCGGACCCGCGCCCCUGAAGUCCGGGAGAAGCCCCUGGCCGCCCGCACUCUGCGGCGUUUCUCAGCCCCGGUGGCGGCCCAGGCCGGCGACGCUGCGGGCGAUGACCCUGGCGUCGGUGCUGGGUGGCGGCCCUCGGGGCCUGUCCUCUCUUCGGCCCGUCCUGGGGCCCGUCCUCUCGCCGCGGGCCCGCUCCACCUCGGCCACCGACACCCACCGUAUGGAGAUGGCGCGGGAGCGCUCCAAGACUGUCACUUCCUUCUACAACCAGUCAGCCAUAGACGUGGCGGCGGAGAAGCCCUCUGUCCGCCUCACUCCAACCAUGAUGCUCUAUUCCGGCCGCUCCCAAGACGGCAGCCACCUUCUGAAAAGUGGCCGGUACCUGCAGCAAGAGCUGCCAGUAAGGAUCGCUCACCGCGUCAAGGGCUUCCGUAGCCUACCCUUCAUCAUCGGCUGCAACCCCACCAUCCUGCAUGUGCAUGAGCUGUACAUCCGUGCUUUCCAGAAGCUGACAGACUUCCCUCCGAUCAAGGACCAAGCGGAUGAAGCCCAGUAUUGCCAGCUGGUGCGACAGCUGCUAGAUGACCAUAAGGAUGUGGUGACCCUCUUAGCUGAGGGCCUUCGUGAGUGCCGCAAACACAUAGAGGGUGAAAAGCUUGUCCGCUACUUCCUGGACAAGACAUUGACCUCAAGACUUGGGAUCCGGAUGUUGGCCACUCAUCAUCUGGCUCUGCAUGAGGACAAGCUGGACUUUGUCGGCAUCAUCUGCACUCGUCUGUCACCAAAGAAGAUUAUUGAGAAGUGGGUGGACUUUGCCAGACGCCUGUGUGAACACAAGUAUGGCGGUGCCCCCCGAGUCCGAAUCAAUGGGCAUGUGGCCGCCCGCUUUCCCUUCAUCCCUAUGCCACUGGAUUACAUCCUGCCUGAGCUGCUCAAGAAUGCCAUGAGAGCCACGAUGGAGAGUCACCUAGACACUCCCUACAAUGUUCCAGAUGUGGUCAUCACCAUCGCUAAUAAUGAUAUCGACUUCAUCAUCAGGAUUUCAGACCGGGGUGGAGGAAUUGCUCAUACAAACUUGGAUCGGGUCAUGGAUUACCACUUCACUACAGCGGAGGCGAGCACCCAGGAUCCCCGUAUCAGCCCCCUCUUUGGGCAUCUGGACAUGCACAGUGGCAGCCAGUCAGGACCCAUGCAUGGCUUUGGCUUUGGGUUGCCCACAUCAAGGGCCUACGCAGAGUACCUCGGUGGUUCCCUACAGCUGCAGUCCCUGCAGGGGAUUGGCACAGACGUCUACCUGCGGCUCCGACACAUCGAUGGCCAGGAGGAAAGCUUCCGAAUCUGACCCCUGGCCUGCUUGCCUGCCUAGGCUGGGCCACAUACGCUGCCAAGACCUCUGGGCUGGGCACAGUGGCACUCUGCUCCACACACUGCUGCACCUUGGGUCUUUAGGCCCCAGCCAAAUGGACUUACACGGAGCUGAGUGCCACCCCUCAGUAGAGCCCGCUGGCUCCUCACCUCCUGGCCAUGGAGGGGAGGAAGCGGGGACCUCUGGGGCUCUAGCACCAGCUCUGUCAUUCUCAUUCCUGGGGAACCCCUAUUUGGCCUGCUGUUUGUUAUUAAAGUUCACAUUCUGAAUGUC